AUGCCAUCAUUAGCUCUCGGAUCAGAAAAAACUGAAAAGCGGCGUUCAACGAGAAUUUCACAAAUGGUUGUACCGGUAGUCAAGAAGACGAAUACUCGAUCAUCAAGAUCAUUGCAUUUGAAAGGAGCUCCUCAACGACAAGAAGUGUCUGAUUCCAGCGCUUCUUCCAGUUCAGGUUCUUCUGAUGAAGACGAAUAUCAGCCAACGGAGAAUGAUGUGCAAGAUGAAGCCGACGAUCACAUGGAUUACAAGGAAUUUUCUCCUGAAAUUGAUGAAGACUUUUCUGAUAGCCCACCUGUGAGAUCUCUUCGGUCAAGAACCAACUCUGAUAGUAGCGACAAGGAAAAUGGAAGGAGGCGCACGAGGAGUACGAAACGAGCUGCCAACGAGACGCCAUCAAAGAUUCUUGCUGAAAAACUAAGCAAGACAUCCUUGACAACGCCGAAGAAGAAUUCAGCAAGAGACUUGAGAUCUUCUAAAACUCCGACUAAACGGAAGGAUGAAACUCCUCGGGAAAAUAUGCAAAAAUCGAGAGGAAGGCCAAGAAAGGUGUUUCUAGAAUCAGAUGGCGAUUUAUCAGAAGAGGAAGACGUUUCUAACAAGAGGGAGAAUCAGACCCCAAGAGAGCGAUUGACUAUGAAGAUACCUAAAAAUAUGAUAAAGCCAAGAAUAACACCCGUUGUUAUAAGCAAAACUCCUGGCGGCACCCUUCGAACAAGACGGCGGAUGAGACAGAAUAGCGAGGAACUGGAUGACGUUGUGGAUCCACUUGACUCAAAUUCUGCGAAAACUCUAAAAGAGCUGGCUAGUCGACUUCAUUUGUCAAAAGUUCCCGAACAACUUCCAUGCCGAGAGGCCGAGGCUCGAGAGAUUGAGAGUUUUAUCCGUGAAGUAAUUGACCGGAAACGAGGAGAAAGCUCUGCAAUGUAUAUUAGUGGAGUUCCUGGAACCGGGAAAACAGCUACUGUCAGAGCGGUCGUGAAUGCUAUGAAAAAAAACGCAAAAUGUCCAAAAUUCGUAUAUGUCGAAGUGAAUGCAAUGAUCUUCAAAAAAACUGUAUUCGUCGAGAUUCAUAAUGGCAUUCAAGAAGAAUUCAAUAUUUCUAAAAAGAGCCAAACCCGCGCAAAGAUCUCCGCAAGCACUGCUCGUCAGGAACUGAACGAUAUAUUCAAAAAGCAAGAUUCGAAACGCCCUCCCAUCGUCAUCCUCAUCGAUGAACUCGACAGUCUAUGCAACCGGAAACAAGACGUUCUUUAUGAUAUUUUCGAAUGGACCGCUCUUCCACAGUCUAAAGUCACCAUCAUUGGUAUUGCCAACACUUUGGAUUUCCCAGAACGAAUGCUCUGUCAAAGGAAUGCUAGUCGUCUCGAUAAACGUCGGCUGGUUUUCCAACCGUACCGACAUGAACAAAUUCAAGAAAUCGUCCGUGCCCGCCUUCAAGGAUCCAAUUUGGUUGAGAAGAAAGCUGUCGAGUUGGUUGCCAAGAAAAUCGCAAUGAAUACUGGCGAUUUGAGACAAGCUCUUGAUUUUCUGUGUCGUUCGAUUGGAGUAGCUGUGGAGAAGAAGGCUGAAAAGUUGGAGGUUGUCCAUGUACUAGAAGCUCAAAAAGCCGUUCUUGAAUCUCUGAAAUAUCGACUUGUGAAGGGACUCCGACUCCAUCAGUUGACAUUAUUCCGUGCUGUUGAAAACUUGACUCGCGAAAACGAAGAAGUGAUUUUCGCCGAAAUUUACAAGAACUACUGUAUCAUCUGCUCAAAAUUGUCUGGAAUAGAGCCAGCUUCAGAUAACUUUGCCUAUGGAAUGCUCCUCGAAUUAGCAACAACUUCGCUGGUGACCUUGGCGAGAGGCGAUCAGGGAACAAUGAAUCGACGUGUCAAACUCGGGAUGACUACGAUGGAAGCUGAAAGAGCAAUCAAAGAAGCAACCGAGAAGCAUAAAUCAAUUUAUUCAGUUUAG